AUGCCGAACUCCAAGUGGUUUCCCAAGUUCAAGAAGGAACUCCCUCGCGUGGAUGGAAAGGUCUUUGUCAUCACGGGAACCACUUCGGGCACGGGCUUCGUUGCUGCAUGGGUGGUAGCUGAGCUGGGUGGGGAGGUUCUUCUCCUAAACCGACCAUCCCAGCGAGUCGCCGAUUCUCUGCAGCGGCUGAAGGAGAUCGUUCCAGAUGGAAAGUUCUGCGACGUCGCUUGCGACCUGCAGGAUUUCGAGAGUGUCCGCAAGGCGGCAGCAGAGAUCAAGUCAAAGUACACCAAGAUCUACUGCCUCGCAAACAAUGCGGGCAUCAUGGCCACACCUGACGAAGCCACUAAGGAUGGCUAUGACACCCAGAUGCAGACAAACCACCUAUCUCACUUCCUCCUCACGGCAGAGUUGUUCCCACUGCUGGAGGCUGAGGCAGCAGCAAAUGGAGACGCUCGCAUUGUCAGCCAUUCCAGCCUCGGUCGGCUUCACACCGUCAACAACGGCUUGGAGGAGAAGUACUUCGGGAAGAAUGGUGGCAACUUGGGUGGGGACUCCAUCAAACUGAUGGGGGGCGCCUGCUAUCACCGCUACUUCCAAACCAAGUUGGCGAACUCAGUGUUUACCUAUGGGCUUCACGAGAAGUUGGCAGCGCGCGGGUCCAAGGUACGGUCCCUUUGCGCACACCCGGGUGGCUCGGCCACCAAUCUCGCCAACGGCUUGAAGCACGGCUGUUGCGCGGAUUGCCUGAUCGGGUGCCUCAUGCCUUGCUUUGCCCAAUCACCUGAAGAUGGGACCAUGGGCCUCUUGAAAUGCAUGGUGGCUCCGGACGCCGAAAGUGGUGUUCUCUAUGGCCCCAAGAAUUCGGGAACCUCAGGCCCCGCUGUGCCAAACCCGCCCAAAGCCUAUGAGAACGACCCGAAAGCAGUCGAGAUGCUGUGGAGGACCAGUGAAGAAGCCACAGGUAUCAAGUUCGAGCCGUGA